AUGCCGGCUACAGCUACCCCAAACCCGUCAGCCCCUGCACCUGCCACUUCCGAAGGCCCGGCCGACUCCAACAAACCACACCGAGCCCCCAAUUUCGGCCAUGAAGAGGACGAGCAGCUUGCAAAAAGCUGGGUGGUGAUUUCCGAAGAUGCGAUCCGAUCUAAUAAUCAAAAACUUGAGGAUUUUUGGGCUCGGGUGCUUGAAGAUUUCAAUAAAUACACCCCAGGACCUCGACGUGAUGCUUCUGGUAUAUCAAUCAGGUGGAAGGCUUUGCAAAAGGCUUGCCUCAAGUUCUGUGCAAUAUACGACCAAAUCAAACAAAAUCCGGCCUCAGGCUCUUCGCCCGAUGACUGGAUUCUGGAUGCUCGCCAGGCAUACUACAAAUAG